GGAGUACUUAAGAGAAUUCAGGGGUACAGGACGGGUACAGGAGGGGUACAGGAAGGGUACAGGAGGGUUACAGUAGGGGUACAGGAGGGGUACAGUAGGGGUACAGGAGGGGUACAGUAGCGGUACAGGAGGGGUACAGGAGGGGUACAGUUGGGGUACAGGAGGGGUACAGGAGGGGUACAGUAGGGGUACAGGAAGGGUACAAUGAAAGUUCAUAGAGUUCCGUUGUGCUUUGCAGCCUUGCCUCCAUCGAUAGCUAUAAAAGAAGUAAGCCGCUGUUUCUGAUUCAGUCAGUUCUUAAACCUCGUGCAGUUCGGAUCACAAUGUUCAGCAAUUAUAAUCAUUUCGUUCAAAAAGGAUAUGGAAAUUUUGAAGAUGAUGACGACGAUAUUGAAAGCUCACAAGAAAGCGAACAAUCAUCUCAAAGUUCUCAAUCUAGCGAAGAAAUGGACUCUUCCGGAGAGGAGGAGGAGCAUGUAGAUCCUUGGUCACGCAUUCAAAAUGAAGUUUGUAAUCGCCACGAAGCCCAGCUCGAAGCUCUGAUCAACGAGUAUGAACAAAACGGAGACUCGCCUGAAGUGGCCCGCAUUAAAGCUGAAAAUGCUUUGCUUCCAGUAUAUAGAAAGGAAUUGAGAAAAGUGUUCUUAGCGGAGCUCUCGCGCGCGAAGCGCGCCAGCGGAGCACCAUGGGUAAGAAAAUUUGGUAAACUAUCCAUCCGAUUAAAUUUGGUUAUGACGUAGCGUACGCCCGCCCGCCCGCCCGCCCGCCCGCCCGCCCGCCCACCCGCCCACCCGUACACACACUUCAUGUAAGCCGAUGUCAAGUGUCACACUUGUCAGGACCGUGAAAUAAAUAACAACGGAGACUAAUGCCGCUGGAAGACAAACAUGAAAAUUAUAUAGCGGCGGUUAGAAAAUGAAGAAUGCUAGCGGCUGCUAAUGUGAAGAAGCAGCGGCAGUGAAAAAAUAGAAUGAACAGGAACACAAACAUUUCCUCCAUAAAACGCGUAGAUAGGAAGCUAAAAGAAGUUUCACGUUAGUCGUGUAAAACAACGGUAAGGAAAUGUACAAAAAAAAAACUGCUGCACGUGCAGAGUUGUUUUUUUGCUAAUUAGAAAAAAAGUGUGCUGCACGUGCAAAGUUGUUUUUUUGCUAAUUAGAUCUAUUGUUGUUGUUUUUAGCGUUUUCGUUGCUUUCAACUUGUCUUUAGUAUUCAUCAAUUUUAUAUUUUCUUUGAGGAAUCCAUAAAUAUUAAAGAGAGCUUCGCUUUUAGCCCUGGCUAAAUCUAUAUAUUAGAGUUUUUACAGUGGAUGCAUGCAAUGAAGAAAGAUCCGACAUUCCGAAAAGUGAUGGAAACCCGCCAAGAUCUAAAAGACACAGAAGGAUAUGACUGGCUGGAAUCGACAGAACUUGCCAUCGAUAAGCGGAAAUUCUUACUCAAUCGAUUGUUUGUCAAACAAACUGUUCCCGAAGACUAA